CAUUUGAAGAAAGUUCAUUCGCAAAUUGUUCGCUCUUCGCGCAUUUCCUCAAUUACCAUUUGGAGCUUGUAAAGGGCACAAGGCAUCUGAAUCUGAUCCACACGGCACCCAUUUUUGCAAUGGAAUAUUUACAAAAUGAAAAGGACUGACAAAAGAAGGUUUGGGUAACUUUUUAGUCUGUAUAAGAAGUUUGGCGUGUUGCAGUUAUCUGAACUAAGGUGUAGGACUUCUCAGCCAGGAAAAAAAAGAAGAAGAAAAGAAUUAAGUUGUAGGACUUAGGAGACAGAGUGAUGGAUUCCAUGGGAGGCGGUGGUCUGCCAUCACUGGGUUGUAUCAAGCUUACUGACCUAGUUCCUUCGGAAGGCUUGCCUUCUGAUGCCUAUAAAAGGUCUGUUUCAACUUUGUCACAAUCACUGGCUCAGUUUUCGGCAGCCAUCAUCCAGUUUCCGGCUAGUGAUGGGGCUCUUUUAAGGUCAGGUUUGGGAUCUGCUCGUCUUUAUUUCCAUCAAAGGGAGUCAUAUCCACCUGCAGAUGUAAUCCAUACUAAUGAGUCUCGCGAGUGGUGCAAGACAUCUGGUUAUUAUGCAGAUCCUCAUUUGUGGCAAGAGACCUAUGACUAUAGACCAGGGUUGACUUCCCCAGAACCAAACAACUCAAUUGAGUUCCCUCCCUCAGGUUUGCCAGACAUGUUUGCUUUAUUUGGAAGAGCAGCGAGGGUUAUUCUUGAUGCCAUUAGUUUUCAUUUGAAUUUGCGCAGCUCUCCAUUUACUGAAAUACUAGAUAAUGUUCCCCUUAGGAAUAGAGAGGUUUCAUCUUCAGUCUUAUCUGUAUGCUGUCAAGCAAGGCCAUCAUUUCAGGGGCCACAACACCACAACAUAACCACUCAAGAGGAUGGCCAAUUGGUAAUGCAUCCUGAUCAUGAUCACCAAGUUGAUAAAAGCUUGAUAUCUCUUGUUAAGUCAGACAAGGUAGGCUUAUAUGUAAGAGACUUUCAAGGUCGUUGGAUUCUUGUGGAUGGAGACCUCGGACCUCAAGAUGCUGUUGUCUAUCCUGGGCUUGCUCUCUAUCAGGCUACUGCAGGUUAUGUGAAUCCUGCAGUGCACAAAACUGAGGUCAAUAUGGAGGGAAAUAUUUUUGGGCGUUGUUCCUUAGCAUUUAAACUCAUGCCUAAAUCUAUGGCCAGUCUUAAUUGUUCAGAGAUGAGGGCUGCAGGUCAUGGAGUUGAAUCACAGUUCCAGCUUCCUGUUCCUGUGGAUGACUUUAUGCAAAGAUCUCACCCAACUGAUCAUCUCCUUAACAGAAAUGGUUUCCAGUGCUUCUAUUUUCCACCAAACCAUGAUGGAUCUAUGAAAACGUUGAUGCGGAGGAGGAAGCAAAAUACAAAAAGUAAACCUCUGCCUCCUUCCAAGAGAUUAAGGCUUGAGGCACAGAGAGUAUUGAAAGAAAGGGUUCAGGAUAUUGCAGAUAAGAAAGGAAUCAAGCUCCGGUUCUGCAAUUUGAAGGAAUGUGAAAGUCACAUUCACACCAUUGAUAGCCCAUGUGCCAAUAUACGGAUGGAGAUAGGUUGGCCACCUGGAGUGCCAUUUGUCCAUCCCCAUGAUCUACCUAAUAAGGCAAAGCUUGGUUUUCUUGAAGCAUAUGAACCUGGUUGGACAUUGGCCCAUCAUAACCCGGACAGGCUAGUCAACACUCGGCUAAUUUUAACUGUAACUCUCUUUUUGAAUCAGUCUCCCUGAUUUUCCCCAUGUCGUCAACCAUUGAUCACAGUGUGAAGGUCUUGUGUGGGUAAGUUUUUAGUUCCCAGUGGAACCUGGUGAACUUGUCACUGAAUUGCCUUGAAUCUUAAUGGCUGCUCUUUCUGGAUGCGGCCUUCCUUCACUGUGCAGCUUUCGCAGCUGAUGCAAAGAAAGACGAUGCAUUUACUGCGUUAAACUCAGACAUGUUAUGCCUUGUUUUAGUAUAAACUCAACUGGCGGAAGGUUAGAGGUCCUGACCCAGGAUGAAGGAAGAGCAGAAUCAUCUGAACUUGAACGGCAACUAGUUGGCAAUAAUUCUAUCAAGUAUCUUGUAUAAAUAGAAGAGCUACGAGCUUUUGUCAUACUACAUUUUGCCACAGCAAGAGAGAAAAAAAAUGCAUGAAUCGCCAUAGUUCUUCUGAAGAAGCUUUGGAAUUUUUAUCGGGUCUGCCCCAACCCACGUUUGUUGUUUCCUCUCAUUCUUGAGUAAUUCUGAAAGAAAGUAAUGAAUUCUCAAUGUGUGUAUCAACAUGUACAAUAACAAUCUGCUGAAAGCAUCAAUUACAGCCCCUUCCCUCCUGUUAUUUUUAAGUAAAAAUUAAUUUUGGCGCAAUGCUAUCUGAAGCUGCAA